UGAAUAAUAUAAAACCCGAAGACUAGAUUUUUUAAAGUUAUUAGAAUAUGAGAUAACGAUCAACCUUAUAACAAAGGGAAUUUGUGAAAUUCUGAAUAUGGCUGGAAAUUUUUGGCAAAGUUCACAUCAUCAACAAUGGAUACUGGAUAAACAAGACCUAGUUCGAGAUCGUCAACUCGAUUUAGCAAAGCUAUCGGAGGAAGAAUAUCAAAAAAUAUUUAACUUCUUUGCGAGCAUUAUACAAGUACUGGGCGAGCAAUUGAAAUUACGACAGCAAGUAAUUGCUACUGCGACUGUGUAUUUUAAGCGCUUCUAUGCAAGGAACUCGUUAAAAUGCAUAGAUCCAUUACUUUUAGCUCCGACGUGUGUUUUUCUUGCAUCUAAAGUCGAGGAAUUUGGUGUUAUAUCAAAUUCACGACUUAUAACGACAUGUCAAACUGUAAUUAAGAACAAAUUUAGCUAUGCAUAUGGACAGCAGGAAUUUCCAUACAGAACUAAUCAUAUACUAGAAUGUGAAUUCUAUUUACUGGAGAAUUUAGAUUGUUGCCUUAUUGUUUAUCAACCAUAUAGACCUCUUUUACUCUUUGUACAAGAUAUAGGACAAGAUGACCAACUCCUUACUUAUGCCUGGAGAAUUGUUAAUGAUUCUCUGAGAACUGACGUUAGCUUAUUGUACCCUCCAUAUCAGAUUGCAAUUGGGGCUCUACACAUAGCAUGUGUUAUGCUCGGAAAGGAGAAUUUAAAACCCUGGUUUGCUGAAUUGAAUGUCGACAUGGAUAAAAUACAAGAAAUAGUCAGAUCAAUAAUUAAUUUAUAUGAAAUGUGGAAGAGCUAUGAUGAGAAAAAGGAAAUUCAAAGUCUUCUAGGAAAAAUGCCAAAGCCUUGUCCAGCUCCCCAAAGAUAAUACUAUUUAAUGAAAUCAAUUAUUUUUAUUGUAUCUGUAUUACAUAAUUGAUAAAGAAUUAAGUAUUUAAUAAA